AUCGAUAGAGUGAGAGAGAGAGAGAGAAAGAGAGAGUGGUGUCGACGUCGUAUCAAGAUCCAUUCAGAAAUCCGUUCAGUUAUGGAACGACUCUCGUUCUCAGCACUAGCCAUGGCCAUACUGCUGCACUCGGUCAUGGGCAUCUCGUAUUACUUUCUGCUGGCCCGCUGCUCCCCGGCGCCCCUACUCGGCAGCUGGCUGUUCGUGGCGAGCAUUGGGGCCGUACUGCAGGUGGUGCGCAUAUUUCCGCACUGGUGCCGCAACUGUUCGUCUCUGUGCCGCCUCACCCUCGAGAUGGGCAUCUGCCUGCUGACGCUGGACCUGAUGCUGAUCAAGCUGUGGUGUCGCAUCGAAGCGCUCUGCCACUGUGCAAUCAUCGGCAUACUGCAGCAGCUAGUCACCGAGGAGUGCACCUUCGAGAACUGCGAGUACUGGCUGCUGGGCAUCACCACCAGCAUCAUCGGUGCCUGUCUGCUCUGGUUGACGGUGUGGGCCACCGCGCUGCCUGCCCGACUGCGCCUCGACUACAACAACUGGCAGGCGAACGUCUCACGUUCCGUCAAAAGCAAUAUUUGUCACUUGGCCUUCGGCCCGUCGAGCCUACGGCGCAGCACUGCGAUUCAAUGCCAUGACAGCGUGCAGAGCUUUGCCAGCUGAUCUAGGCGUAUCACUUCUGUUCUGGCAAUAGACAUGCAAAUAAGUGUGCCCAGAGUUGGAUCCAGCUACUUGGCUAACCGCACUCCCGGAUUGUGAAACCGAAACUGUACAAG